UAAAGAGUAAAGAGAGGGAAAUAGGAGAGAGACAGAGUGGAAAUAAGGAAGUGGGAAUGGGGAAGUGGAAGUGGGAAAGUGGGUGUGGGGAAGUGAGUGUGGAGAAGUGGGUGUGGGAAAGUGAGUGUGGGGAAGUGGGUGUAGGUAUAGGGGAAUUUCGCAUUCCUGCGAAAUCAAAGGAGUUUCAAACUCCGCCGAAAUGGAGUUUGAAACUCUGA